AGUGACGUCAGACAAGGAAAUGAAGCUCGCCACUCGCCGACACCAACAGUGAUCAGCCACAGAAACAUCAGCUGGCAUUCGUCUCAUAAGUCGGCGCAUGAAUGUGGUUUUUGUUUACUUUUUGAGCGUGAUGAGGUGCUGAAUGUGCGUCUACAUCUACUGAAAAUGACACCAAGAUGACUCACCAGUGGCUUGGACAUCUGAUUUGACAGAACAUGGGACUUGCUCUGUUUGUUCGAUUUGUAAUUGUGAUUGCUACUCUAGGCACAAAUCACACUGACAUGAACAACACACUAUCGUGAAUCAUGAGUUUUGCUUUUUGCACAUCACUCUCUCUAAAUACCUAACUUCAUGCAUUUUACCAUUUAAUUUGUAUUGAAUGGUUCUAAGUUAACAACCAGUGCUGACAAUGUCACUGGGGGAGCAGUCUCAAAAGUGGUUUCCAACCCAUGUCCAAGCCACUGUUUUUCAAGCAAGCCAUUUACAGCCCAAGGGCAAAAAUGGCACCAAUGAUGCCUACACUAUUAUUCAGCUGGGCAAGGAAAAGUACUCGACAUCAGUGGCAGAGAAGACUGUCAGUCCAAUCUGGCGAGAAGAAGCCUCCUUUGAAUUACCUGGUCUGCUUUUGGAGGGCAACCCAGAAGUAUAUGAACUCUGCCUUAUUGUGAUGCAUCGAUCGUUGGUUGGGAUGGACAAGUUCCUGGGUCAGAGGUCCAUCAAUCUUAAUGAAAUCUUUGAUAACAAGGAGCGAAAGAAAACUGACUGGUAUUCCUUGCAGUCCAAGCCAGGAAAGAAGAGGAAAGAACGAGGCCGCAUCCAAGUUGGCGUCCAGUUCAUGAGAAAUAACAUGACAGCCAGCAUGUUCGACCUCUCCAUGAAGGAAAAGCCCCGCUCUCCUUUUUCCAAGCUUAAGGACAAAAUGAAAGGUCGCAAACAUGACAGUGGCUUUAGUGACACAUCUUCAGCCAUCCUGCCUCGCUCUACUGUAUGUGACUUGGAGCCCAGCCGUGAGUCUUCUGGCCCAGACCCACAACCCCAGCCUGAUCCAAAGGUGAAGAGACAAUUACUCGCUGGGGCUCAUAAACUCUCUGCAGCCCAUUCCAUGUCAGAUCUCAUUGGGACCCACUUUCGACCCAAACUGGACUCCAUGAACUCCAUAGGAGAGACUGGGAGCACAGGUGGACCUCAUAGGCGUUCCCAGAGCGAGGUGCCAGACUAUCAGGAUGGCGAGGCACACAGUGACCCUUUUACUGAUAUCAGUGACACCCUGCCACAGAAGUAUGCCACGCUCCCACGCAAUCACAACCCAUUUGAGGAGGACCGCGCACAGCUGUGGGACCGUGCAGAGCGGAAGGAAAAAAAGGAGAAGGUCAGCCUACUGGAACGUGUGACAGGAAAGAAGGAAGCCCGCAAGCCCAGCAACGGGGCCCGAUCAGGCAGCCCUGGAGACCUGCGUUCCCCCAACCCCUUUAGUGGAGACUCAAAAGCAGAUACUAACCCAUUCAGCUCCAACUACAAAAGUGACAGAAAGUCAACAGGAAAAGAAGACUUCACCUUUGGCCACAAGAAGAAGGACAUCUUUGGAAAGAAAAAUGUACGAAUGGAAACACAGCCUUGUCUGGAGGUCACGAAGGAAAGUGUGGCUGCUUAUAGCAACUUAUCAUUUGAGGAGGUUGUGCAGGAACUCAUCAAGCAGAAAGAAGUAGUGAAAAAGAAAGAUGCUCAGAUCAGGGAGCUGGAAGACUACAUCGAUGACCUACUUGUGCGUGUCAUGGAGGAAACACCAAGCAUUCUACGGACACCCUAUGAGCCAAAAAAGAAGGCCGGUAAACUUAGCAAGAAAUAAAAGGCAGCAAAGAAACAAGAAAGGUUACACAUUAAGGUUUAGCCUUAGCUUGUGUAUCAUUAUCAUAUGUUAAAUUUAUGAUUGAGCUAUAUCGUUAGAACAUUUUAAUUCAAUUAAUGUAGUUCUUAUACAUUUUUAAUGUUUUGGUUAUCCUAGUUCUUUGUUUGGCAUUCCUAAACAUUCUUUUUUUUUAAUUCCUCUCUAGUUACUCGUGGUUUAUGUUGAGGUACUUAAACACACACAUAGUAUUCAUCACUUAAUUAAAGUCAGGAUUGGGUUUAGCUACUAUUGAAUGCACUUGUGACCAGCACAGGUCUGUUACUCGUACAGCUGGAAGCCCUUCAGUUGAAAGUGCGGGAAAAGUCAUGUUUACCAGAUGAUGAAGUCGCAAUAGUGUGUUGUUUGCUGAAAGAUUGGUCAAUUGGAUUGACAAGAUAAGACGAAACUGUUGGUACUGUUUUUAAACUUGGCAUCUAAAAUGUGAUGCAUGUGAAGCAGAGACGGUAUAAGCUUUGCUCAUAGUCUUCUCUAGUCAUUGCUGCAGAUGUGGAUGAACUCUGCUUUUAACCAAUAGACUGAGUGAUUUAUAGGUAUUCUUAGAAAAACUGGAAGAGAGUCAUUGUAAGAAGAAAUUGCUGGACGGUAAAUAGGAGUCUGGUUUCUCUCCGAGUCAUUUUUACAAACAAACUUACAUCCCUUUUAUUCGGUGCUGACUCUUUACUCUCUUUAUUUUAUUUAUGAUGAUUAUCAUGUGAAUGUCUUGCACCAAUGAUCUUGUAUUCACUCACUGAAGGUUAUAUUUUGUGCAAUAAUCGCAACUUAAUGGUUUUGGGCUUGUAUUCUGCUGAUAAUGUUCUUGUUUACAAUUUAAUUACAUCUUUUGUUUUGAAUCUUUCACUAAAUAUUGAUUGAAUUUCUUUGUUAAGGCCUACAUGAAUUGACCUGCCUUCAUUUUCUACCACUACAGUUUUUUGAAGGAUUUUGCUGAGGGUACAGGUAAGCUGCACCCUGGAUAUUUUCAGUUUAACAGUUAAAACAUGCUAAAAUGUCACAGUGACCCCAAUACCACCUCUCUUGCAAAUGGUUUUGUUGUAAUAACACUUAAAAGUUAUGACAAAUCUUAGCAAACACUUUCACGCACUAAGGCUUUACUGAUACAGUUCAUAUAUGUAAUUCAUAUUGGCAUUAAUAUGUUUACUGGUGACCUCCAUUGUGUAUUGUGGCUCAGUAUAUUUCACUGUAUUUGAUGUUUCAUGAUCAAACUUGAGGAUAGAAUGUGUGUUGCUCCAGUUCACUUGGUUACUGACGAUUCAUUAAUAAUUGUUUGAGGUAAAUGACCAGUGGACAUAAUUUAGGUCACUGACGGCUUGUGUCGGAUGUUUCCUGUCCUCAUUUCACAGUUUUAGUGUCAUCUCAAAUGUCACUUCAAUCUGUGAUGCUGAACCCAUAGCAGUACACCUUAUUUCCAUGUUAAACACUACGCUGUAGUUUUCUUUUAUUAGCAACAUGACAAGCUUUGGAGAAGCUGCCUGAUUUCACCACUAAAAUGUACUAAAAUGAAUGAAAUGACUACUGUUUAGGUUCUGGUCUCGUACAGAGGCCUUUACCUGAACCUGUGCUUGUUGUAUAGUUACUUACUGAUGUUAAGGUUUACGUUGCUACUUUGUUUGGUCUUUCUUAAUGGAAAGGAGUUUCAUGAACAGUGUUGAAUAUGCUUUGUAUUAUCAAUAUCUUUCACUCAAAGUUGCACACCAUUUUUAAUGGAGGUCCUUUUAAUGUGACGCUCCACUUUGUCUUGUUGCUGGUAUUAAUUCUGAUUUUUUUCUUUUUUUAACAUCUGUUUUGUAACAACUGUUCUAUCCCAAGUCUUCAGAACAUUUGACCUCUACACUGUAUACCAAACUGCAGGUGCUGCGAUACUGUACCUAUGAAAUGUCAACAGUCCAAAACACUUUAAAUGGUUUCAUGUACGUCGCACCACUCUGAAACACAUUUAGUCUUAUGCUGUUCAUAAUUGUUUUCUGCUGCUGUGAACGGACUUCUUUCUUCUGUAGGUUUGUCAUCUCUUUUUGGAUUUGAAGCCUAAAUCUUGAUGCUGAAUGUAUUCUGGUUGACUUUGGAUAUGCAGAAUUUUGAAAUGUAUAAUCAUAUACAGUACAUUAACAAGGCCAUUCAACCUUGAUUGCCUUUAAAGUAUUUGGUGUAUCCAAAGAGGUCAUUUCAGAUGCAAUUGUUUUUUCUUUCUCCUGUUCUACACUUUAUUCUCUGUGGUUAUUUGGACAAAAUUCAGCUUGUCUUUAUCAUGGACAGGAAGUUAUUGUUAUCAUUGUGUGUGUGAUGAUGUGACACAAAUGUUGGGAAAAUCCCUUUGUAUUUGAAAGGGAUGAUUUGAUCUGCUUAUAUUUUCUAAAGCCAAAACAUGUUAUGAUACUAAUGUAGAAGAUAUGUGGACAAGUAUCUGCUUUCCAUUAUGAAAAACUUUAAUGAAUGCCUUCCUACAUAUUAUGUUAAAGUACUGUAUAAACUCUCAUCUAUUCGUUACAGGCUGCAACAACUCCUUUGACUAGUCUGUAUUCAUAGUUAGCCAGUUGUUCAUGGACCUUACUAGACAUUACACACAAACUACAUAUAAUGUAGUGCUUAGACACUUUGUAACAUCACUUCACCUGUCUCGACCUUUGGAAAUUGUGCUUCCUGCGGAUUUAUUCUGAACAUUCACAGUUAAUUUAUCUGAAAUUUUAAAAGUGGGAAUAAAAGUGUAAACUGAAGAGUGACUAUUUGCAAAUUAGUCAAAAAUCUGACAUUUACAAACUCUGACUUAAUUGUGAUACUCUUUAUUGUAUCACAAUUUACAAUUAUUUAUUGUAGUUACUGCCACUUUAGAUCAUUUCUCUUGCAUAUAUUUAUGGAAGUGACAUUUUAGUUUAGGUCAUAUUGUGUUUUAAAAGAGCAGGUGAUUUACACCCACGUCUGCAAAGAUUCUGAAAGCUCGGUUGCUUUGCCUCAAUGAACAGAUAAGGUCUGAGAACAUUUAAUGUUUGGGCCUCAAGGUUAUUUAGUUCAAAUGAAAAAUGAGGGGUUUACUUAAUUAAUUUCGCUUGCCACUCGUUUUCUUGCUUGAUUCUUACAUCGGCUUCAUGCUUUAAAAUCAUUUAUUGCUUUGGUAGAUGUCAGUCUAAAACACAAAUCUAAAUGAAAAGAGAUUUUUAAUAUAAUUUUCAGCACAGUAAUAUGUUUUUUGUUUGUUUAUAAAGCCUGCAUCAUUAAAGAGUUCUUCCUUGCCUUUUUAGAUAAAAGUUGUCAUUCAAUUAAUGGCAGUCUCUAAAUAUGCAAAGCACUCUUUGGGCUCAGAGGCAACAUUUCCUAUAGAAUCUGGCCAUGGCUUGUGUCAUAAUGUAAGUUUAUAUAUACUGGACAUCUGUUAAGUAAGUAAGCGUUGUAGGACAUUGUUUACCAAACUAAUGUAUGACCUUUUUCCCCCCCCUCCAUGUUGACGAUGCAUGCAUGCACUGAUCUCACAAUUCUCUGGCAGUCGUAAGUCCUCUGCUGAUAAUAUGAUGCUGCUUGCCAUAGGCCACAAGCAGCUGCCAGGCAGUAAGACAUAAGCUCCAGCUAAAUCCCCUGAUGGUGCUCGUAAUGUGGCUCAUAGUUUGGAAGAAAAUGAUGACUGUUUAUAGAAGAUCUUGCCAGUCAGCAAAGCUUAAUUGAGUUAACAGUGUAUAGAGGCUGGUGCACAGAGGCCAACACAGUUGAAUAUAAUGCUGGGUUUGGUUCUUCGUUAAGAUGAAUGAACGAGGAACAUUCUGGUUCCUACCUCGUAAUGUAACUCGUAAAUGUGUUUCUGCAUGUGAAUCACAUUUGUUUUUACUCUGUAUCACACAAUGUUGCCAAAAUUGUAUAGCAUUUUUCUGCUUCAGAAACCAUUAAAUCACACAACCUUGUUGAAAUGUUAGAAUUCAGAGUUCCGUGUCUGAGUCAGUUAAAUAAUUAUGUCAUAGAAUUCACUGUAAAAAAUGUAAUUUUAAUAUUUAAUAUUCCCCUGUAAUUAAUUACCAAUAUGCAAGACUUUCAUACAAGGAUGUUCUGGGGGCCAUGAAUGUAUGGCUUUUAUUUUAUGAUUCUGGGAACACACUUGAGUCUUGAUGCUGUCUUAUGACAACAGUGUAAUGCUGUUAAUGGUGAUUGUAAAGUGCCAACCUAAUUCAAAGGAAAUGGUGAUGCAUUCCUAAUUCUGAUUCACUUUCAAUGUACUACAUUUUGGAGCAUUACAUUUUAAAUAAUGUCAUCGCUGUCAUGAUUAAAUUCCAAUGUUUUUUGAAGAUUGAAAGUUUUGUAUGUUUUCUAUUGCAUACCCUCAAUUAAAAUUGUGGAAACGUUUUAUAAACAAUA